AUCACUUGAACGCUGUCGUAACUGACAUCUACAAGGCUACAACGUCUAAUUCUCCGUCCUACGAUAACGAGAAGAUGAAGUCCCCAACCGUCGCUGACACCGAUGUCGAGCUCCGUCCGAUGGAGUCCGUACGCGGAGGCGUGCUGGGUCCCGAGGGGCAACAACACGGCUCGACCCAACGUGGCCUCAAAUCUCGACACGCGCAAAUGAUCGCCUUGGGGGGACAAUCGGAACCGGCCUCUUCGUCGGUGUCGGGCAGGGCCUGAACAUGGGCGGGCCCCUGUUCCUCCUCAUCUCCUACAUCAGCAUCACUCUUCUUCUCUACGGCGUGGCAACGGCCAGCGGCGAAAUGAGCGCUUAUCUCCCGGUUCCUGGCUCUUCAGUCGCCUACUACGGUCAACGAUUCUUCUCGCGCAGUCUCGGGUUUACACUGGGUUGGGUAUACUGGUACAUCUUCUCCAUCACGGUUCCGGCCGAGAUCACUGCAACCUACAUCGUCAUCAACUACUGGUCACCGCCUCUGCAUAUUGCGUUCUGGUUGACGCUCAUCGGCGCCGUCAUGAUUGCUCUUAACUGCUUCCCCGUUAAAGUCUAUGGAGAGGCCGAGUUCUGGUUUGCCAGCAUGAAAGUCUUCGGUAUUAUCGGUCUACUCAUCCUCUCGGUUGUACUCUUCUUUGGUGGCGGUCCCUCGCAUCAUUUUCUUUGGUUUUCGAACUGGUCCAAUCCAGGGCCUGUAAAAGAAUACAUUGUGACAGGAGACUCUGGGCGUUUGGUGGCUUUCGUCUCGACCACCACCUUUUCCGUGUUUGCGUUCGCGUUUGCGCCGGAACUACUUGUCGUCACAGGUGGAGAGAUGGAAAGCCCUCGCCGCAAUAUUCCAACCGCAAUCCGUCGAUACUUCUAUCGCCUUAUCACAUUCUACAUCCUUGGUGCCCUGGCUGUGGGGAUUAUUGUCAGCAGCAACAAUCCCAACCUCCUCAGUGGCGGCAAAGGCGCAGGCGCUUCCCCUUGGGCAAUUGGCAUUAGAGAGGCUGGUAUCAAGGGCCUCGAUAGCGUGGUUAACGUCGUUAUCGUCCUGAGUGCUUGGUCUGCAGGCAACUCCUAUCUGUAUCUUGCUAGCCGCGCUCUUUAUUCGAUGGCCCUUGCUGGCAACGCGCCAAAGAUCUUCACCCGCUGUACGAAGUCGGGUGUCCCAUACUACGCCACAGCAGCUAGUGCCUCUUUCUCAUUGUUGGCGUAUCUCAAUGUUGCUUCGACUGGUGCAACUGUGUUCAAUUGGUUCACCAACUUGAUCAACACGGGCGCUUAUCAAAGUUGGAUUUGCUGCUGUAUCAUCUACUUCAGGUACCGCAAGGCAUCGGAUGCGCAGGGCAUCACAGACAUACCCUUCCGCUCACGCUUUCAACCCUACUCAAGCAUGUUCAGCUUGUUCGGCUUCAGUUUACUGCUCCUCAUUAACG